AUGCGCAGGCCGCACGGAGAAGCUGUGCCGCUGCGGGAGGUUCCCUGCCUGAGGCGGCCGCUCCUGCCCUGGCGCCGGCAGCUCCCACACCGCGCCCCCGGCCCCUGCCCCAGCUGAAGGAAUCGUCCGGAGCCGGCCCGAGGAGCUGCCGGGGCGCUGUCUUUUCCUCAGCGAUGACGCACGCCUAUUAAUAAAGCUUGGGCGAACAUCAUCAUUUUGGGAUUAUUCCUCUUGUUCCUCAGAGAUUCUUCUCUCUCGAAGUAGUUAAGAAGGAAAAUGGGAGUUCAAGGACUUUGGAAACUGCUUGAAUGCACUGGGAGACCUAUAAACCCAGAAACACUAGAAGGAAAAAUUCUUGCUGUUGAUAUCAGUAUUUGGUUGAACCAAGCAAUAAAGGGAGCCAGAGAUCGCGGUGGCAAUUCUGUACACAAUGCUCACCUCCUCACUCUCUUUCAUCGGCUCUGCAAGUUACUGUUUUUCCGAAUUCGACCUGUCUUUGUUUUUGAUGGAGAGGCACCACUCUUGAAGAGACAAACCUUGGCUAAGCGAAGACAAAGAAAGGAACUCGCCAUCAGUGAUUCCAGGAAAACUGCAGAGAAACUCUUGAAAACAUUUUUGAAGAGACAAGUUAUCAAAAAUGCACUUAAAGGCAAAAGCAAUGAAGCUUUUCCCAGUAUUACACAAGUUCGAAGAGAAGAAAUUGAUGAUAUCUAUGUAUUGCCUUCUAUAAAGGAAGAAGAGAAGAACAGCUCAGAGGAGGAAGAUGAAAAAGAGUGGGAAGUGAGAAUGAGCCAAAAAAUGAUGCUGCAGGAACAGCUGUGUGAAAAUCCUCAUUCUGUAGAUAUUGAAUCAGAAGAUUUCAAUAAGUUGCCUCCAGAAGUAAAACACGAGAUCUUGACUGAUAUAAAAGAAUUUACAAAGCGAAAAAGAACAUUAUUUGAAGCAAUGCCAGAGGAAUCCAGUGACUUUUCCCAGUACCAGCUUAGGGGCUUGCUUAAAAAAAGCAGCCUCAAUCGAUGCAUAGAAAAUGUACAGAAAGAACUGAAUCAACAGCACUCGGGGGAAAUCCAAACACAAUAUGAAAAUGAAGGUGGUUUUGUGAAAGAAGUGGAAUCCAGAAAAGUAGUCUCUGAAGAUACUUCUCACUAUAUCCUAAUAAAGGGUAUUCAAGCAAAAGAAUCUGCAACUAGAGACUCAGAAACUACUGCAGGACCCUCAUCAAAAGUGCUUGAAUUCAUGAAAUCAGAUAAAAUCAGUGAAUCUUCUCAUACUGUAAAGCUGGCUGCAUCUGCCAAGCUGCAGACAGAGAAAGAUGACAAUGUGGUGACAACUCCGCCAUCUCCUCAGACUUUGCUUGCUAUCCAGACAGCUGUGGUAGAAAAUGCAAAGCUGGUUGCGUCUGACAAGCCACAGACAGAGAAAGAUAACAAUGUGGUGACAGAACCACUCUCUCCUCGGACUUUGCUUGCUAUCCAGGCAGCUAUGGUUGAAAGCAGCUCAGGAGAAGAACUGGAGGAUGAAUAUAUAGGAUGUUUGAAUGUGGACCAGUCUGUAACAGGGGAAGGCAGUGUGUCUCCAAGAACACUACAGGCAAUUCAUCAGGCUUUGAGUGGUGAUGAUGAAAGAGAGGAAGUUGUUACUGUUAAAACUGAUGAAGUGCUGCCAGAAAGAUCAGAAGUGAAGGACUUUCUACUUAGUAGCUCAGAUGAGGAAGAUAAGAUUCCUGAAGUUAUGGAGGGAAAAAAAAAUCCUGUAUCUACAAUUUGUUUGUCAAAUCAAGUGGUUAUGAGAGAUCCUGAAUGUGAAGAAAAGAGUCAGGAGUCAGAAAAAAAUCAUACUGCCCCCAAAGACAUCAGCAUAUCCAGAGCUGGAAAUUAUUCUUGUAUUGACAGUACUAGUGGAAAAGGCAAAGAAGGUGGAGACCAAGAAGAUAGUGGUUCUAAAAUGGACUUAAAUUCCUUGAGAGACAAGGAUAUAAACUUGAGCAAGCAGAAGCCAAGCUGUUCCCCUGUACAAACUAAUAUAGGGGCUUUGAUUCAUGCUGAACCAAUAGACCUUUCUAAAAAUGAGGAAAACUUGAAAGUUUUUGAAAAUGUAGAGAAAGUAAUUUUGCAAACAGAAGACAGUGUAUCUGAGGUACAAAAGGAUAUCAGACCUAUUUCAGAAGCAAAAAGUUUUGAGGAGGAGAGAGAAGUGGUAUCACAAUCUGAAGACAGCGAUUCUGAUGGAAGCUUUAUUGAAGUAAGUGCUGAAGUCAGUAAAGAGGAUGAGCUUCCUACUAAAUAUGAAGAAGAAGUGAGUAAAGAAAAAACAGUUCUAGAGAUGGAGCCAGAUGGGCAUGCUGUUGUCACACAGGACCUGCUGAAGGAGUCUGAAGUGCAGUUGGCAAAUGAUCAGAACGUUGAAAGAGAAGAUGAUGAUAAAGAUGCAGCAGAUGAAUGGCGAGACAUCAGUUUGGAAGACCUAGAAGAAUUAGAAAAUAACCUUUCCACUGAGCAGAGUAUGCUUCAGACUCAAAAACAGCAGCAGGAACGUGUUGCUGCUUCUGUAACAGGACAGAUGUUCUUGGAGAGCCAGGAGCUUCUCCGUCUCUUUGGCAUUCCGUACAUUGAAGCUCCGAUGGAGGCAGAGGCACAAUGUGCUAUACUGGACCUUACUGAUCAAACCUCUGGGACAAUCACCGAUGACAGUGAUGUUUGGUUAUUUGGUGCACGACACGUUUAUAAAAACUUCUUCAGCCAAAACAAAUAUGUGGAAUAUUAUCAGUAUGUUGAUUUUCAAAACCAGCUAGGAUUGGAUAGAAACAAGCUAAUUAAUUUGGCAUACUUGCUUGGAAGCGACUACACUGAGGGCAUCCCAAAUGUUGGCUUCGUAACAGCAAUGGAGAUUUUAAAUGAAUUUCCUGGGCAUGGCUUGGAACCUCUCUUAAAAUUUGCUGAGUGGUGGAGUGAGGCUCAGAAGAAUAAGAAAUUGAGACCUAAUCCAUGUGAAACCAAAGUCAAGAAGAAACUGCGGGAGCUGCAGCUUUCUUCAGGUUUCCCAAAUCCAGCAGUGGCAGAAGCAUACCUGAAGCCUGUGGUAGAUGAGACAAGGGGUUCGUUCACGUGGGGGAAGCCUGAUGUAGAGCAAAUCAGAGAGUUCUGUCAGGAUCACUUUGGCUGGAAUAAGACAAAGGUAGAUGAAAUCCUUUUGCCUGUGAUAAAACAGCUGAACGUGCAGCAGACUCAGCUUCGAAUUGAUUCGUUCUUCAGACUAGCACAGCACGAAAAACAAGCUAUUAAAAGCCAGAGGCUGCGCAGAGCUGUGACUUGUCUAAAGAGAAAGGAAAAAGAAGAAGCUGAUGAGAUUCGAGAGGCCACUGCUGCUAUGGAGAUUGAACUUAAUCAGCAUGAGGAGAGGGAAAGGGAAGCUUCUGCAGGCUGUGCAAAUCAUCACACUGUGGCAACAGAAGUCCAAAGAGGGAAAAGAAGAAAAUAUUCAUAUUCCCAACAAGAACAUUUAUAUGGAGGAGGCUUUAUUGGGAGUUUGAAUCUUUCAGAAACUUCUAGUGAUUCCUCAGAAGAGGAAUCAGAAAUCAGAGAUUUAGGCAAAGGCAAAAAAAGGAAAAACAUCUCUGCAAUGGAAACAGCAGACUCUAAAGAGAAAAAGGGGUGCAGUGGCUCGAGUAGUGAGGAUGAGGAACUGGGAAAAGUAGUCAUGGUGACUGCCAAACCUGUGUUUGAGGGCAGAAAAAAGAAAUCACAGAGUAAACGAGGAAGAAAAAAGAAAUAGUCUUAUGGGGAAAAAAAGUUUAAACGAGGCUAGAUAUGUGGAGUUCUUUUGAUUCAAGCUUUGUAAAUAUUCUAAUGAAUUUUUGAUAAAUAAAUUAUCCUUAUCAUUUU